AUGAACACGGGGAGCUCGAAGUUUGUUUACAAUCUCUUCGAGGUUCUCGUCAAGAAGAGCGUUAUUAUCACCACCUUGAAAAUGGAACUCUAUGCGUUCAACAAAGAAGACGACAUGCUUUUUGUGAACGAUCCUAGAGCCAGCCGCAAUCGGUAAAUGAUUUUUUUUUUCUAUGAAAGAGGCUUGAAAAAAUUUGGGCUGUUUGUGCCAUCUUUUCUUAUAACGGUUUGGUCAUAGACACGGGAAAGCGAAGAAGAAUAAGAAAUUUUAAAAAGUUGACACUUGGUCGUAUGUGGAAUGGCUUGAGCCCGACGCAAAAAGAAUACUUUCACGCGGCAGCAUCAGAUGAAAAUAUUAAAGUUUCUCAAGUCUACUGUAUGUCUGCUUCUUACCGCAACGCCACGAGCCAUUUUAAGUGCGACCACGGUUUUUUUCGAGCUUACUAUAACCGAAAUAACAGUUAAAAGGCACAGAAAAAAAAAUUUUUUUUUGAAUUCAAGAGAUACUGCGACAAAAAAGGUGAGCUCAGAAAGCAAGAAAACACUUGAGCGUCCUUGGAAACGACUCACCUGAAUACAUAUUUAUUUUAGAAUCGAAGAAGAUCUCCUGAGGCUGUCCAUGUUGGAUUUUUUCAAAGCGACUUUCAAAAAAGGUCUCGACACGCCAAUAAGAAAAUACAGAACUCUCGAAAAGUCUAUCUACGACGGUGGGAGGACUAUCUACACCCGAUCGUCCGAAUUCGCAAAGUCCACAAAACAAACUUUCACCUUUGAAGCCAAGGAGGUUGUUGUAGGGAGCAAAGUUUUAUUGAAAAAUGUGUUCCAGGUUCCGCAGAAGAUCCGCAGCUUUUGUAGCACUUUCGAUCCUACACGGUUCGAGGCGGUUCUGAAGGUUCAUUCAAAGGUAAGAUAGUGAUUUUUUGAAUCUCGAGUAGCGGUCGCGAUGAGGUCCAAUUCAGAUUUUUGUCUUUCUUCGUGUGAAAAAACAUUCAGAGCAAUAUGUGAUGCUUUGUUUCAGUUCGACAUCUUGGACAGAAGACUCGAGAAACGAGUUGAAAUCAAAGAGUUUAUUGACUGUCUGUCGUCCUUCGCCUUCUUCAUGAAGUAAAAAGUCAAAAGAUCCAAUAUCUAACGGAAAGUUUUUCUAGAAAGUACAUCAUCGUGCAGGAUUAUUUAUUCUUCCCGCGAAGGGAGCCUUUUCCCGGGCAAAAGAUCCUAACCUACUCUACGCCUGGCUACUCGAAACGCGCUUUAGUUCUCGAGAAGAAGAUAUUUAUUCAAUUCGACAGUGAGUCUUGGAUAAUUCAUUAGUCACGACUUUUGACAGUUUCAUCUGUCUUCGCUCUUUUUUCUCACUGACAAGGUAGUAGAAGAAAGAAAUCGCGUGUAAUAAGAAGAUCGUGGAAGUUUCAAAUGGUUUCAAGUGGUAAAAAAAGGCUUUCAGUUUAAAAAAAAACCCCUUUGUGUCCAUAAAAAAAAGAAAGUCGCUGAGUUUUUUCUUACUUUUGCACAAUGCAGAAGUUACAAGUUACAAAAGAAACUUCUCAACCAAAGCAUGGAUUUUCACACGGAUUCGCUUAAUUUCGUGUUUUACUAUGAAUUUUCUCUCGGAAAUUUGAAAAAGGUUCGUGAUUUCAGUUAUCGAUGAGCAGGAAUUUUUCUCUGAGAACACGCUCGUUUGGUUUCUCACUCAGUUCAUGGGAGUCACGUGGGAAUUUUCGGUUAAGUACUGUCAAUUUUUACAAUUUUCAGCCAAGACUCGCUCAAACAAAUGCAGUUCAACAAUGAAGUUUUGUGGAAUGCCAGCGAGUCGGUGACAGGUUUGGAAAAUUUCUCAUCUCUGUUCAUGAAUGCUUCAAGGAAUUUACUUAAAAACGAUGAAAUAUUUCGGAUCUCGGGAUGAACGCUUUUUCCUGUGUUCUGGAAUCAAAGUCGUGAGCUUGGAAGCGUAAGGAUCUCAAAACGUUUCAGCAGAUUGAUCAACUAAUUAAGAUUCAAAUUGAAAACGGCCAGCCACGUUCGACGUGUUCAGCCCGAGAAGCUGAACUUUCUAAAAGACGGCUUUUUGCUGGUAGCGGAGAGCGAGGAGGAAAUGUUCCCCGUUGAAGUUUGUUACCUUUUCCUAGAACUAUGAAAAAUGAGGAAAAACAGGUUAUGAAAAAAUUGGCUAAUGGAAGUAUACGCUCCCUACCAACAAAGCACUAUCUCUUUUAUUAUCCUGUCAGGACUCUUUUCUCGAUGGCUCAGUUGAGCUUAAGCUAGCCGUGAAACAGCUGUACCAGGUUGUAGCUUCUGCUAACUCAAACUUGAUAAAGGACUGGAAAAACCGCUCUCCUUAACAAAGGAGCGAUAGAAGCAUGAAAAGAUCCCAAUUUCCCAAAUUGUGACGAAUGGAGUAUUGAAGUCUCACUUUAUCUCUCUUACUGCAAUUUGAAACUCAAAUCGUAGCAUUUUCCAGCACCUGAUGAUCCCUGGCGGACAGCUCUGUCCACAAAAGGUUGAAUUCAUUCUUUUUCGCAUAUUUUCCUGAUUCUUUUAGGUCCAAACAUUCGAACCGUACCCACCUUGUUACGCCUGCGAGCAAAUCAUUCAGAUGUCCGAAUUCUUCGACGACUACGACGUGAGUUCGAAAUACAAGGUUGUAUAAAAGAGAAAAAUUUUCAGUUGGAGCUGGAAAAGGAAUUGGAAGCGAAGGAACCCGAGGUUUUUGACGAGCCUGAGCUCAAAACUCUCAAGUAGGAUUCCUUCUAACUAAAUCAACUCACGCAAAAAACAUUGCUCAGUGAUUCGUUUUCCUGGGGCAACAGCCGGGUCGAUCGUUUUUGGCUGGAUUGCAAGUAUUUCGAACCUUGCGACAAUUUGAGUGUUACGUUUCUUCACACAACGAGGAUGACCCUGGAGCUGAGGCAGAAGCAAAAGUAAGAAUUCUAAGUCGAAAACUACUUUGAAAAUUAUGAGACUUUUUUUUAACGUCCCAAAUUCAGAGCUCGAAAAAUCUCUUCUAUAGUUUCCAAUUUCAAUCUAAAACUCAGAAAAACCUCAUUGGUUGCUAUAAAAAAAAUUGAAAGAAAAUGAAGUUUGAAACAGAAAAACACAGAGGAACCGAAUGAGCUGGUCAUUAUUUCGAGCCCCUCUGAAAACCUAGUUUUUUCAAAAACUGCGAAAUUUCAACAGCUUUCAGUCUUUAUAUUCGUAUCCAAAAGUUUUAAAAUACUCGAACUUGAUUUUUUGUGAAAGAAUCUCACUUGAAAAAUCUUCAGAGUUUUCAUUUGAUCAGUCCAACUUUGAGCAGAGUUAUCGGAAAAACUGUUAAAAAACAGAAAUUUUUUCGUUUUUCCCUAACCUCCUUUCUUACCCCUCUUCAACUUUCAUGAGAUCUACAGGAAACUCGCGAGAGAGAUGUCAAUUCAAUUCAAAGAAGCGGGAAUUGAGAGCGACAUGGACAAGGAUAUGAAAUUCACGUCCACUCAGGACCUGGGAAAAAGCUUGGAACUGUUGGUCCGAGAAAAAGGAAGAAAGAUGCCAUGCGUGGUGAUUUUCUCGGCCGCCAGUCAGAAGCCGUCGCUCUCUUGUAGGGAACGGAUACAACAUUUUGUGAAUCUGAAAUUUCAGGCGCCAUCGCAGACCUCAAAGUCAAUCAAAAAGCGCAAUUAUACCUUUACGAGAUGGACGAGCUCGCCAGCACCAGUCUCGUUCAAUUUUCGGUACCUUUAUACUCUCGAUUUUGAAUUUGAAGCAGAAUAAAACAAUUGCAGAGGACUCUGGUUCGAAAGAUCAACAUCGCUUGCGGAGGGACAAUUUUCAAAGUGACGCCAUCGAGUUAUGGAGACAAUGAGAAGUGAGAAACGGUCUCAAACCUUAUUUUUUUGAUUUUUCUUUUCCUCAGAUUCGAAACUCUUCACAACGGGGAGACGAUGGUCGUUGCGAUUCAAGAGCAGGUCAAUAAAAAGAAUGACGACGAGAAAAUCCCCUUCGACUUUAAUACAACUGGAGUGAUAUUCUGAAAACGUGCUUCAAUUAUCAAAAAUACAUUUUCCCAGGUUGCAUACACGGUUGGCGCUCUGGAGAAUCUCGGGGGAUUCGCUUUUGCUCAGCGGGCAAACAAAAAGCCGGAUGACAGGUGAGAGAUUCUUCAUUUUUAUCUGGAAAUCCACGUUUUUGAAGCCUCCUUUGCGAUUAUUUCGUGAGGAUGAUCAAAUUUUUCUACAAUAAAACGCAACAACUUCCAUGUCGAAUAGUGAUCCACCACGCGGAUUUUAAUGACGAUACGUUCGACAGGGUAAAUUUGGAAAGUGGGAAUCAAGAAGAAAAAAUAAUUGUGAAAAAGAGGUUACGAAAAAGAAAAGUUCAAAUGGCUACUGUACAGAAAAGUUAGGAUAAAGAGUUUUCUUGAAUUUACUAUAAUUAUAUUUUAUAUAAAACAUCUUUCACUUUUUGAGGUGGUUUUUUUCGUAUAAGAAUUCUAUUUAAGUUAUUGAAAUUCCAUGAAUAUUCAUAGAUUUUCAAUAAUUUAAAUAUAAUUGAUUCGAAUCAUUCAAAAAAACUUUUUUCCUAGCAUUGAAAACCAUAAGAUCCUCUCAGCACAUGUUAAACUUCUUCCAGUAAAUUCUUCACUAAAAAAAUUGCAACGCUUGAAAAACUGCUUUGAACGCAUGACUAAAUAUUAUUUUAAAAAAGGUUUUCAAUUUUCAAAAAAGGAUAAAAAUGCAUCGAUGAAAUGUGAAAUAGCGUCGCGCCUCCUCUGCAAACAGGCUCCACCCAGUUUCUUGUACCUUGAAAAAUUUCAUGACAAAAAUUUAUCAAACAAUGAUUUUUUGUUUGAAGAGUGUAAAUUUCAUGCUGAUAUUUUUUUGAAUUAUCUGAAAAGGUUCUCUCAAACGAAAAAAUGUUGAAAUGUGCUUUAUCAGUGCUCUCUUGAAAAAUAACAGUUUUUGUCGGUAGCCGAACUACUUAUUCUUUAUUCAGCGCUAAAAGUUUUUCUUUCACAGGAUUCCUUUUUGAACGUCAUCGCAACGGCUUUGAAAAACAGCAAUGCAAUGCUGUCAUACAAUUCGCUCAAAAAAAUAUGUCCCGCAGUUGUUUUUUUGAUAGGAUCUUCCUAUAAUCUCGGCCUCAAGUGCGUUUUUUCUUUUCUUUUUGAUUUCUACAAAAGUUACGGGAUGUUUGAAUUUCAGAUUGACGGCGAAAAAAAUGAAUGAAAGGUUCAGAAUUGGAACUUUUGGGUCUACGAGGCAAGUCUUGUCGGGGCCGGGGUAUAGUUCAUUUUUCGUCGUCGUGGAAAGUGAGAACAGGGUUGGUACUUAUUCACAGAACAUCUUCCGAGGAACAAAAAAUUGUUAUUAUUAUUUGGAAAAUCUUUUUUCCAGAACUCUGUCGCGCCCGACCUCUACCUGCUGAGCAAGCAUCGUGGGGCUGUCACGGAAGAAGACGAGAAAUUGAUGGGGAUGCUGACUCUGCUGAUCUCAUUCGACCAGUUAAACGCGGUACCGUCCUCAGACCUCAACGUGGUCAGAGCCGCUAGGACUCUCUCUAAAUUCUCCGCUACAACGAUCUUCAGCAGCGCGUGAGCUUUUUCUCGAUUCGGAAAACCUGCAAGCCCUCGGCUUGGUCAUGCCGGGACUCUAUUGAUAGUUUCAAUGUGGUCGAAGAGAACAGAUUAUGUCAAUACAAAUUCAUUAGUUACAAAAUUAUAUAAUCAAAUAAGAUCGAGGGAUGGACCCCAAGCCGAGAGACUUUCGACCCAGCUAAUGAUCGUCCUCUACUUUUAUAUGUAGGAGGCGGUCUUGCUCUGCGUCUCUAGUCUACUGCCAGAAGCAUUACACUCUGUAAUUUAAUGUAAUUUACACAUACACACGUUUCAAAAUUUCAAAACUUUUGAUUUGAAAGGAACGGGCGUUCGAAAUUAAAUGUGAAGUAUUGCAUAAACAAAAUAAAUAUUUAAAGCAUCAAACUUCUUGAUUAAUUUCUUUUAUCAACCGAUGCGCAAAAAAAGAUGCUGAAAAACGAAAGAACGCAGACAGUUAGAUUAUCAUCGCGUUGAGAAUAUAUCAAAGCUACUCUUUGAAAUCUUCAGAACUCUUUUCUUUGCUGAAAAGCCAAGAGAAAAAAAAGACCAGAAGCUACCGAAAUUUAGACUUUAAUGAACCACAAAUACAUCUAUUUCUUUUUAAGAAAAGAAUUAAUGAAUGAAAUGUUUAUUUCGCUCACAGGCAGAAGAAAAAUAACGUUGACUGGAUGUCCACCAAUGUUACCUCGCACGAGAUGAUCGGGAAAAAACGACCCUUUUGGAUUUGA